AUGCGUUUUCUUGCAACUCGCCGAUAUGGCUUUUUAGGACAAGGCAGGUCCGUCAUCAAUACCUCAGCAGUCGCUGCAGGAUUUGGUAUGCUGCUCCUUGGUUACGACCAGGGUGUCAUGGCUGGCCUGAUUGGCUCCGAGGGGACUCCUUUCAGCAACACUUUCAAGGAUCCCGACGCCGCUACUCUUGGCCUCAUGGUCGCGAUCUACGAAAUUGGAUGCUUCGCCGGUGCCGGUUUCUCUUUCGUAUGGGGCGAAAACUUCAGUCGACGAACUUGCAUGAUCUGGGGCGUUUUGAUCAUGAUAGUGGGCUCUACCCUUCAGACCGUAUCUAUGAACAUGUCGCAACUUAUCGCAGGCCGUGUGGUGACAGGGCUGGGCAAUGGAUUGAACUUUUCUACAAUUCCUACUUGGGUGUCAGAGAUCUCUGGACUUGAGGAAAGAGGUAAAGUUGCUGCUUUCAACGGAUGGCUCAUCAUCUGGGGCGUUGUCAUUGCCUAUUGGACCGACUAUGGAUGCGCCUCGUAUACAUCUGACUUGCAAUUUCGAUUCCCCAUUGCUCUACAAAUGCUCUUCGGUUUAAUCAUGCUCGUCAUGAUCAUUUUCCUCCCCGAGUCCCCUCGAUGGCUUGUAUCCCAAGGCUACGAUACCGAAGCGAAAGCAGUCCUCGAAUGGAUCACACCCAAGAACAAGGCCUUGACCGAGACCACACACAGCGAUGCUGUCGAAGCCGUGUAUCAAAGCAUCGUCCGAACUCGAGAACUGGAACAAGAGGCUGAAGGAGAGUUCUCCUACGCUGAACUUCUCCAUGGUGGGGACAUGCAGAACUGGCGACGCAUGGCGCUGUGCGCUGGAGUCAUGGCCUGUCAACAGCUGAGCGGCAUCAAUCUUCUGACUUACUACAUCUCCUACGUCCUCGAGAACUCCGUCGGCCUUGAUCGCCACACAUCCCUUCUCAUCGGCGGUAUCAACGGAAUCGAAUAUCUCGUAGCAUCAAUUAUACCCAUAUGGACGAUCGAGCGAUUUGGAAGGAGAAAGCUUCUGCUGUUGAGCGCCUGUGGUCAGACUGUUUCCAUGGCUAUACUAUCUGCUGCUCUCUGGUUCAUCACCGAGCGCAAAGACGCCCCAGGUAGCUAUGCCAUGGGCAUUGUCGCGGUCGCAUGCUUCUUCCUCUUCAACACAUUUUAUGCACAGGGGUUCCUGGCGAUUCCUUUCUUCUAUCCGGCCGAGAUCACCAAUUUGAGAACUCGAAGUCGUGGUGUUUCGCUUUCAGUGAUGUCAAACUGGAUCUUCACUUUCCUGGUCGUCAUGAUCACGCCAGUUGCUACGACCAACAUUGGGUGGAGGACUUACAUCAUCUUCACUGUACUAAACUUCACCUUCAUCCCGAUCAUCUAUCUCUUCUUCCCCGAGACCUCGGGCAUUUCUCUCGAGUCCCUUGACUACCUCUUUGAUUAUCCCGGAAUGACCAGGGGUGUUCUCAGCAAGGAGCACCGAAAGAGGAUGCGGCUGCUGGGCGCCGAGAAUGAAGCGGACGCUACCAUCGGAAAGUCUACAGAGCCAUGGGAUAGCAAGCCGAAUGUUGUUUCAAAUGUUGAACAUCCUUAA